AUGGAUGUGGAAUUUGAAGAGGUAGAGGAUAAUUAAUAGAUAAAUUAUAGAGGAUGUUAGAGAAUAGUAAGUUAAGUUUUUUAUAGAAAUCUAAAAUAUUAUGUAUUGUAUCAUAGAAUAUACAGGAUGGUAAAAAAGAUGAUGAGAAUAGAAGAGGGGGAGUAUUGGAGAUGGCAUUUUCAUUAUUUUCUAGAUAGAGUAGAAUUUGAGUUUUUCCAAGGGGUAAUCUGAAUUAAAUAAAAAGAAUUAUUUAGUAUUUUGGAGUGAUAAUGUGAGCAUCAUUAUUGGCACCAUCUGGAUAUUUAUAUCCUAUAAAAUUACCCAGAGGAAACAAGUUAUAAUAAGCUAUUUAAAUUAGAUUUCAUGAAUCAAAAGGUGUUUUAUUAUUAAAUGAUAAUUUGAGUGUUAUCGCAAUAGGAUUAAGAACGAGUAUGGUUAAAUUUAAUCCUAAUUUAAUGAAUGAUGUUAAAUACUCCAAAUUAUCCUAUUUGAUUAUAAUAAAUUUAGAGGUGGAUAUAUUAAUAGAUAAAUAAUAAUAUUAUUAUCAGUAAUAUUAGGUAUAGAUGAUGAUGUAUUCAAGUAAUUUUAAAAAGGUAAUAAAUAUUUGGAAAAGAUUUAGAACAUGUCUGCAAAAGUUUCAGCAAUAUAUAAACCCUUUUUAGUAGAAUGCAUGGAGAAUUAUAGGUGUUACCAUCUAUAAUAGAUAAUAUAAGAUUGAUUAUUAAUUAAAAUUUAGAUUAAAAUAAUAAUAUCUAUAUUAAUAAGUAUUAGAUAGAUUUAAAAGAAGAGGUUUUAUUUAAUUAAGAACGAAAUGCAAUAUUUAAAUAGAUAGUAACUAGAGUUUUAGGUAUAAUUGAUCAUAAUGAUUUACUAAUUGAAGGAGGUAAAAUUAUAACGUAUUUCAUAAUAAUAGAGGUAAUAUGUAUAUUAGAGAUAUUAGAAAAAGUUAGAGCCUUAUCAUGA